AUGGUGAAAGAACAGGCAUUCUUUUGCCUGCUUUAUUUGCUAGCCAAUUUUCUUAGGAUCCGCGUCGGUUUCUUAACUGGCAAAUUUGGGUUUGUUAAGUCUUUGGGCAAGCCGUUGUCUUCUUGCACUAAGUUUUGCACUGCACAUUCUUCCGCCUCCUCAUUCCCAAUGCGAACAUUUGAUUCUGAGGAACGGCUCGCUCUUCUCCGCCAGGAGAUGAAAAGUCGCCAGCUUGGUGCUUUCAUUCUGCCAAUGGAGGACAGUCAUUUCAGUGAGUAUCUUGCUGCUGCGGAUAAACGCAUCGCCUUUAUAUCCGGUUUCACCGGAUCAGCGGGUACUGCAGUUAUCACAGCUGCAGACAAGGCGGCACUCUGGACUGAUGGCCGCUACCAUAACCAGGCCGCACAAGAACUUGAUAAAAAUUGGAUCCUGAUGCGUGAAGGUCGUCCCGAUGUUCCUACGAUACCUGCUUGGCUAGUCCAGGUGACUCGUCCAGGUUGUCGAAUCGGGUUUGAUCCCCAGCAAAUGCCUUUCAAUGGCGUCGACUUUAUGCAGCGUCAGUUGGAUGCCGUUGCUACCGAGGUGGAUUCAAAUCGCUCUUUCGUCCCUAUUGAAGGAGCGAACCUCGUAGACCUUGUGUGGAAGGAUAGGCCCUCCCGUCCUACUAACCCUAUUCGUGCUGUUCCACUGGAAUCAUUCGCGGGAUAUUCAUGGGAGCAGAAGUUGGACACUCUUCGCGAGCAAAUGAAGACGAAAGGCGUCACUGCGCUUGUCAUCUUCCAGCUAGACGAAAUUGCGUGGCUUUUCAAUCUUCGUGGGUCAGACAUAAAUUACAAUCCCCUCUUCUUUUCCUAUGUGGUUGCAACGAUGGAUGAUGUUCACUUGUUUGUUGAAUGGAGGCGUGGUUUGAACUCCGUUGAUUUUGUUGAAUAUUUUAAAUCACCAUUACAUCGGGUAUUACUUCAUCCGUACGAAGAGUUCUCCUCUUGGCUCAAUUCAAACUCCGCUUGGCGAAGUGGGCGUGUUUGGUUGCCUUCUUCUUCAAGUUAUAUGAUAGCAAGUGCGGUCCCUGAAAAGCAGCGCCUCUUUGACAUUUCCCCGCUUUCUAGUCUUAAAGCUGUGAAAAAUCCUCGGGAAGUGGAGGGCAUGCGACUUUCUAAUCUUGUUGACUCUUUGGCACUGUGUGAUUUCCUGGCCUGGUUAGAAGAUGUUGCCGAAUCUGGUGGAAUGGAUCCGACAGCUGUUACACCCUGUGAUGUGCCUGGUGUUGAACCACCAAAGGUUGUCACAGAGGCCUCUGUCACAGCCUAUCUUAAUGAGAUUCGACUCGCUGCGGAUGGCUGCCUUGGGCUUAGUUUUCCCACAAUUCCUGGGGCAGAUGCAAAUGGAGCUAUAAUUCAUUACGAUGUUGGUGAAAGCGGUGAUAGUUCUCAAUUGACCGGCAAUUCUCUCUUUUUGCUGGAUUCUGGUGGCCAGUACACAACUGGUACAACCGACGUUACCCGGACCGUUCAUUUAGGGGUCCCCACGGAGGAGCAAGUGGCGGACUAUACGGAGGUCUUGAAGGCUCAUGCCUCUCUGGCUACGCUCACCUUCCCAGACAACACAACAGGGACGAAGCUGGAUGUGGUAUGUCGGGCCUCAAUGUGGCGCGAUCGGCGUGACUUUCCCCAUGGCACUGGCCACGGUGUGGGUGCCAACCUCUGCGUUCACGAGGGACCUAUCGGCAUGUCCGGAUGUCGCUCCCAGGCUCUCUCCGCCAUGGGCAUCGCUGAGCCCGGCAUUCACAAGAACAUGGUGUUGACAAUCGAGCCGGGCUACUAUCUCACUGGCAAGUAUGGGAUUCGGCUGGAAAAUGUGGUGCUGGUGGUGGAGAGCCCACAGGGCUCACGCGACUCCGCUACGCCCUUUCUGAGCUUUGAGGCUCUCACUCUGGUUCCUUUUCAGCGCCGCCUCAUCGACGUAGCGGUGCUGGAUAAGGAGACGGUAAUGUGGGUUGACGCCUACCACUCCAAGGUGCGCGAGCGCCUCCUCACCCGAGUGGCAUUUGAGGCAGAGCACAAAAGUCUCAGCGUCGCUCGCAGACGCACCCGAGAUUGGAUCCUCCGGGAGACUGAACCUCUUUGCCAUGGCCUAGACAGGCCUUAUAAAGCCCUGCUCGAAAUUUCAACCAGUGUAUGCACGGAACAUACUCACGCACCAAAACGAGGCAGAGGUCUAAUUGGCCAAACACCCACCAGCCAAUGGGGUCUGACCUUGGUAAAUUUAUUUAGUCAUUGCAUCUGGACGGGGCAGGGUGAGUCGAUUCAAGGCGGACCUUCGAUGGCCCCAAACCAGGAUGAGAGGUCUGCUUCCAUUGCCGAGCGUGUCUGCUUUACACAAAUGAUUUGCCCAGGAAAUGGAAAACUAUACAUAUUCGGUUAUGGGUCCCUUAUCUGGCGACCAAAUAUAUCAUAUACAAGAAGUUGGUCUGGUUACAUAAAAGGUUACAAAAUACGGUUCUACCAGGGAACAACGACACACCGUGGCACACCGCAAUAUCCCGGUCGUGUGGUGACCCUUCUACCCUCAAAGAACAAGGAAGCACGAGUUUGGGGUAAGGCUUAUGAGGUGGACGGAGCUGAACAGAUCAACGCUGCGAUUGAGCAUUUGGCCGAACGUGAAAUGAUCCUGGGCGGUUACAAAUUUGAUGAGGUGUCUUUUUUUCCUCGAAGAGUUAUCCAUGAAAAUCCAGAGGGUCAACAAAAUGAAAGUCAGCUUCCUGAUGUCAUAAGGGCGUUUGUUUACAUCGCAGAACCCGGGAAUGAUCAAUACCUUGGAAAGGCUCCCCUAGAAGUACAGGCACACCAAAUCGCCACAGCAGUGGGCCAUUGUGGUCGUAACGUGGAGUACCUUCAAAAACUGGUAGAUUUUAUAAACUCCGAAGUGCCCAAGAAUGACAUCCGUAAUGACCAAUACAUCCUUAACUUAUGGCGUCUUGUUAAAGAGUACUCGCAUAACGCUGAGUCUCACAACGAUGAUAAAGUUUCCAUUAAAUUCAUAAACUUAACCUCUGCAAACUCUGUCUCCUCCUUCUGA